GUCUGUGGGAGGGUGUCGAUAUCAUCAAGAGCUACUACAGCUGUCCGCGAACCAUCGCUCUCGCCCACAACCCGUCCGCGCUCCAGGGCAGUCUGCAGUCUGGGGUAUGUACCUUGCUGUUCAUGUUCGCGCCAUUGACUCGGCCCCCGCUUGUGACAUAUCAGAUACCCGAGCGACUGGCCUCUGCUGUGAAGCCCCGAGAGUGCUCGGCGGGAGAACCGGGCAUUCAAAGUAAACGAACUCUCACUGGAAACAGCUCCCGCGUCUGUUUCGACAUCUCGCGCGCUUCCUUUAAAGCAAGCAAGCCUGAGGCGCAGCGCUCAAAGACGACGGUUCACAACACCCUUCUAGCGCUUCUCAAGAGAUUGUUGCCAACCCCGUCCGCCCCCCUGCCGCCAGGGGUCGAAAUUGGGCAGGGGUGGCCUGUGAACCUGGCCUCAGCCCCCCCUCCUGUGAGCCAGGGCCUUUUCGCUACCACCUUGGCUACUUGGCAGAACCCUCUUGUACCCAGAUGCUGUGCUUAG